AGAAGCGUUCUAGUCGUGCUGGUACAGCAGUAGUGGUACAGUAGCCUCUAGAGGAGUGGCGAUUAUUGGGAUCUGAAAAUUUCCAGACACCAACGACGGGAUAUUUGAAUAUUCCUGCUUUCUUGCUGCAGGACAUUUGUUUCAUUGAGCAAUUCUCCUCCUGUGAAGCUGCCAUGAAUCACUCCUUUGUGAGGCAGCAGGCAGCAAACACACUCUUCACUGGAAGCUCUUCUACUUCCUGUUUUUGAUCUUCAUAACUUCCAGUCUGACCAUGGCAACGCAACGAAACCGGUGGGGAGGUGAAGCAACUCAUUUCCAUGGAGUGCACCUGAACCUGGAUGACUUGAUCGCAAAAGAAAUAAGAAACAGCUAUCUUUACAAAGAAAAUAUCCCACCUUACCCCCAUCCAGAGUUCCACGUGUCUCAUUUGAAGCACGAGACUGGACCAAGGGGGUUGAACGGUAUUCACAGAGACAGCGGGUUCAGAGGUUCACUACGUGAGGAUCUGAUGUGGUUCGAUCUGGCUGUGGGUCCUGAGGAGAUCAUGUCUGCUGAGAAGAGGCUGCUGGAGGAAAAAUUCCCAGAGGUAAAGGCCUCCAACAGCUUCCUGUGGAAGUUCGCUACGUCUCCAGCCUUCUCUGAGAGGGCCAUGUACGGCUCGUUCCGCUUCAAAUUCCCCCUGCAGGAGGUCCUGAACGCCUACAGCCAGCAGUUUUGCGCUGGAGAUCGACCGGUCAUGCGGGUGUUCAGGACCUCUGUCUUCAAGCAGAAAGUGCAAUACAUUGUCCUGGUCCACAGUCCAUAUCAUGAGAAGCGCUUCUCCGAAUAUCCUCUGCUGGAAGGUCAGCGGAAAGACGCCGUCUGCACAUACAGAGAUGAACGCUUCAUCUGGAGGUCUGAGGCCAUGUGUGAGACGCACAAUUGUGAGAUGGAGGUUAGUGAAGACCACAUUAAAGCGGUCCCUGUCCAGGACUGGCCUCAGUUUUAUGUCUGGGAUGUCGUUUCCAUCGCCCUGCAUUUGGAGUCAGAUGAGGUGCUGAGACUCACUAAGGACCAGCUGAGAAAACACCUCACCUACUGCGGCAUGUUUGAUGCUCCAUUCAUGAUUUUCAGGGAACAUCAUUUCAUGGAUUUUGAUGAGGCUCAACUCUUAGUUAAAGGACUGUGGCCUUCUUCUGCCAACCUGGAAAAAGAAGUUUCAUUGCGUUCACAUUUUAAAGAGCCUGUCCGUACAGAGGAAGAUCCUGAGUGAGCUGAGAGACGAGGGCCAGGCUCCAGUCUGGACUCCUGGACAAAGGAGGUUCAACUUGAGAGAAAAACUCUAUCAUGAAGUUAAUAUAAAGAAAUCUCAUUGGGAUUAUGUUUGAUUAGUGUUGGACUUUUAUCUGUAUGAUCAAAUCAAUGGGUGUCAAACACAACUCCCCUGAAGCUGUCCAGUAUGUUUCCUGUGUGUAACCCAGCGGAGAAAACGUGCCUUAUUUUAUUGUUUUCAUGCAUUUUUUUUUUUUUUUUUUUUGGGGGGGAAAAAAUUUUAUUUUGGUGAGAGGAAGUGUGUAUCCUCACUCCUUCUAAAGGACCUAUAUCAUGCAAAAUCCACUUUUUUAAGGUUUUUAGCAUGCCACAAAGUUGAUUUCCCUUUAACACCACCCCCGAAAUGUUAUUUGCCUUCAUCCACGCAUGUCUGAGUAAUCUCUUUCAGUCUGCUGCUCUUCACAGCAGCCCCUCCCUUUGGGUAGAAAACAGCUCAUUUGAAAUUCUUCAAACCUAAGUACGUCACAAAAGUUGAACUCCUCCCCACAACUCUUCUCCCAAACCACCCCCGCACAGACAACACGCCAACUCUUCUCUGACCAGCAGCAGCUGAUUCUGAUUUUCCACUGAGGAGACACCCAUAAUAGGGUUUGGAUUAGCUAAAAAAGCACGAUACAGGCCCUUUAAUUGACUUUCUAUGGUGUCGUCAUAUUCUUAAUCACCUUGUAAAUACUAAUAAGAAAUGUUGUUUGGGCUUUCACAAGCUGUGGAUUGAAGCACUGGCCAAGGAAACGGUGGGUUUGUGAUUAAACAUCAUCUUAGUGAGUCAGUUGUGUUAUAAUUACCAAAAGGGUAAAAAUGCUAAUAGCUUGCUAGCAAGAAGCUAAUGCUGACCAUGAGUGGCAAAGUGCUAAUUAAAAGUACUUUUUUUUUUUUUUUUUUGAGGAUUUGGUUAUUUGAGGAUAAAAGGUGAACUUUUCUUACUGUCCAUUGAUCUGAAAUUUUAAUUUAAAUGCUAAGAUCGAUUCCUUUUUUAUUAUUUCAUAAAUUAUAUUGCAAUGAUUUAAUUAGAAUAUAAUAAUUCAGAGAGAGACUAAAAAUGCAAAACAAAAUUAAGCUGAAGAGAUUCAAACAAGACAAGUUCAUUUGGCUAUUAAUGUGGGUUAGUAAAAAAAGGUAAUUCAUUUACACUAAUGUGAUUUUGUUUUGAAAACAUGCAUGUUCAUCAAUGAUGUUGUCGGUUAAAAGAAUGGUAUAAGAAAGUGAUUUGAAGAACAAGUAAGAACAAAGCUAUAGCCACCGGUAGAGAUUGUGAUAUUAGUUAUACACGGUAAUACAAUUGUUUUUAUACAGGCUACACUUUCAUAACCUGACACACCAGAUGGACAGUUUCAUUUGUCCACCAUGGAAAUAUUUCACAAGUCCAUCUGGGUAGCCGCUCUUCCGAUUUGAUUUCACAGGUGGGACCUUCAAAACAAUAAGUAGCUGGUGAUUGGACGACCGUUCGAACCAAAGAAGAAGAAGAUUGGACGAGCGUUCUGAUUGACAUGUGACACACUCACCACAGACCAAUCCACAUCAAGCCACGGUGUGACGUAGUUACGUGCGCUGCUGCUGAGAAGCAGUAGACACCGUUUCCUGACAAAAAGGCUUCAAGUGAUGUUCUAUGCUCCUCUUUCAAAGAAGAAAUUGAGUCGAUUUCUUAUAAAACUGCAGAUAUUGCCGUGUCCACAGAGAUCGCUUAAUUGUUUUCCAACUUUCAUGUGCUUCCCGCUGUCGUAACGUCUUCUCGUCACUUCCACUCUUCCCGCAACUCCCGCCUCUUUUCCCUGAUUGGGCCGGAAAAUUUUAACCGAGUGAAACUAUUGGUAAACGGAUUGAAACUAUGGAUCAAACCCUGGACACUCCUCCAACUGGAGAUGGUGAGCCAGGACCCUGGACUGUGAGCUGUGUUCAAUGAAGUAGAGGUUACAUGUGUAUCAUUGUCCUCUUUGUUUUCUAACCAGCCAGGGAAUAAAAAUAACUCAACA